CUUUACUUGACACUUAGACUAUUUUAAUCUCAUUAAAACAUGAUCAAUAAAAAGUUAACUCUUUUCUCAUUAUUGUUUUGUUUGUUAUCAAAAUCAUUUGCUGUAAAUAUUUAUCAAUCAAACAGUCAUGGAAAUACACUAAACAAUACCUCAAAAACCGACAAUCAUAAGACUAAUGUUAUGGGAUCAUUUAAAGUGUACAGUAAAAAUUCAGGUCAAUGGAAAACAAUGUAUUAUGAAAAAGAAGAUGAGUCAACAAGUGAUUUACCAGGAACAUUAAAAUCGAAUGAAAAAAAUAUAGAGAUACCAGGUCAUUUGAAAAUUGGUCAAAAAAUCAGUGGCUGGGGAAAAGUAGCAGGACCAAAAGAAUGUGCACGUGAAUGUAUAGCUGGUAAAAAGCCAAAAAUUUGUUACUAUCACUGGACUGUUGAAUACUAUCGUACUUUGGGCGGUGCUUGUAAUAUGUGCGUGCCAAAAACAAAUUCAUCAAUUGCAACAGAUUGUCAGUGUAUUUUAGCUGAUGGUGUUGAUGUUGCUGGAUUAUUAUCAGUUAAUAGAAUGUAUCCAGGACCAUCAGUACAAGUAUGUCUUGGUGAUUUAGUUGUUGUUGAUCUUCAUAAUGCUGCUGAUGGUAAUGAAUUGACAAUUCAUUGGCAUGGUAUUUAUCAAAUGAAUUAUCAAUAUUAUGAUGGUGUGCCAUUUGUAACACAGUGUCCGAUUCAAAGUGCUUCAACAUUUAGAUAUCAAUGGAGAGCACAAAAUAUCGGUACACACUGGUGGCAUUCACAUUCUGGAUUACAAAAAGCUAAAACACUUGAAGGCGCAGUUAUCGUACGUCAGCCGAAAGAAUAUGAUGCAAAUUAUCGAUUGUAUGAUCAUGAUGAUACUGAUAAUCUUAUCUUUUUGAGUGAUUGGAUGCAUGAUAGUCCAGAUGAUCAUUUUCCCGGAACAUCUGGUAAAUUAAAAGCAGGUCAAUCACCUGACAACGCACUUAUCAAUGGUCAAGGUCAAUGGCUUGACAAAACAACUGGAACGUGGACCAAUACAUCACUCAAUGUUGUCAACGUCACACCAGGAAAAAGAUAUAGAUUUAGAAUGAUUAAUGCUGGCAGUUUCAGUUGUCCCUUUCAAUUGACAAUUCAAAAUCACAGUUUAACUGUUAUAGCAGCCGAUGGAGAAAAUGUAAAACCAACAAUAGUCAACAGCAUUACAACAUUAUCUGCCGAACGUUUUGAUUUUAUUUUAAAUGCAAAUCAACAGCUUGGAAGUUACUGGAUACAAGUACGAUUAACUGGCUCAUGUGCUUCUCGACAGAUAAUCCAACUUGGUAUUCUUCGUUAUGCUGGUUCAACUGUAACUGAGCCACAAUUAACACGACCAACAUAUAAUACUGGCCUUCCAAUAGGAACUGUACUGAAUGAAUUCAAUACGGUAUGUGAUGGAAAUAACCCGGAUUUAAUUUGUAUGAAAAAUCUUAAAGCUGCUGAACCAGUUGACAAAAGAAUUCUUGCUGAAAAAAUAGAUGUUCAAUUUUAUUUACCAUUUGAAUUUCAUCGAUGGAAUGAAACUGAACUUUAUACACCUGGCACAUAUAAGCCUUUUUUAGCACCAAAUGGUGGAGGUAGUGGAGUAAUUCCUAUGAUCAAUGGAAUAUCAAACAAAUUUCCAACAUCACCAUUUCUUACACAAGCAAAUGAUAUUGACAAAAAAACAACUUGUGACGGAAAUAAUAAGCCGAAAAGUUGUGAUAAUUCGUCAAUUUGUCUAUGUACACAUGUCCUCCAUAUACGACUUAACUCAUCGGUUGAAAUGAUUAUGUUUGAUCCUGCUGCAAAUGGUGUGCCUCAUCCUCUUCACAUGCAUGGAUAUGGAUUUCACGUCAUGGCUCAAGGUUCACGAAAAGUUGUAAAUAUAACACGAGAAAAUAGUUACGAAGCUUUGAAACUUGAUAGAGAAAUAUAUAAAUUAGACUCGCACGAUCGACCACCAGUUAAAGACACGUUGACAGUUGGCUACAGUCACGGCAAUGGCUAUACAGUCGUGCAGAUUAAUGAAAAAAUUGCUGAAAUUGGUGGAUUAAAAGCUGCUUAUUUUGCAUACAAAAAAAAAUCAAGAUCAUGUGGUGAUAGAAAAAUUGCUAAAUUUAAGUUCAACGAGUUUUAA